GAAAACAAAAACCUGCACGUCUAAUUCAAGAGAUGUUUGCUUUCACUUCAUUUCUUCCCAAACCCAAAAUCCAGAGUCAAAACGAUUCUCUAGUUAGGCGCCAUAAUUCACAACCAAAAAUAAAGUUCGCGAUUGCCACCUUGCAUCUUUCUACCCAAUCAAGAACCGCCACGUCACUAAUCUUUCAAAGAAAAAGUGCAGGUGAAGCCAGCUGUGAGGGUUUAAUUGGAGGGUAUAGAAACAAAUAUCCAGAUCCGAGUACAGAGUAUAAUUCGGAGACAUAGUCAUAAUUCAGAAUUCAGCAUCCCCAACCAUAGCAACCGCUUUAUUGAUUGAUUCCACUUCAAAUUUGGGCACCGCUUAAAAUCUCAGAAUUUAGAUCUAAAACUGAUACUACUCUCACUCGAGUCACACGCAGAGCCCAGAAACACUUCUUUCUCACUCUAACAACAAUGCCUCCCACUGAAGGAGACUUCGAUCUUAGGCAUCCGUCUCAAUCUGCCUUCGCUGCCGGAGAGUACACGUUCGCCGAUGUCGAGAAUUUGGAGCAUUGCGCUAAGUAUCUCAACCAAUCGCUCGUCACGUUCGGAUUCCCUGCUUCGCUCGAUCUCUUCGCAAAUGACCCCGUUUCCAUUGCGAGGACUUGCAAUUGCAUUUACUUUCUGCUCCAACAGAGACAGCGCGAUGUCGAAUUUAGAGAGUCUGCUAAUGAUCAAAGACAACGACUGUUGUCUGACAUCUCGAGGUUAGAAGCCAAAGUGGAGAGGCUCGAAGGUCAACUACAAGUCAAAGACAGGGAGAUAGCGACUAUUACUAGAACAGAAGCUAAAAACACGGCAGCUUUGAAGGCUCAAAUUGAGAAGCUGCACUCAGUUUGA